UUCUGCCUUCGCGUGCGGCUUAAUCCUCCGCGGCUUCCGUAAGGUGUCGUGGCGCUUGUGGAGUUAAGUUACUAAGGCGAAAGUACAGCGGCUCUAAAUAGGAAGAUAAUCAAAUAUUUGUUACAUUACUUUCAAACUGCAGUGAUCGUAUAUCAUAUAAAGGGUUCGGGCUGAUAAUGAGGCGUGCAGGUUUGGGUGAGGGCCGCCCUCCAGGCAAUUCUGUUGCAAGUGGAUACAGCCUGUAUGAGGAGGAGAAUGAAAACCUACAGGAGGGACUGAGAACUAAAGUAAACUCACUUAAACAUCUUUCAAUUGACAUUGGAAAUGAACUCAAUUACCAGAAUAAAAUGUUGGGAGAAAUGGACUCGGACUUCGACUCAACUGGAGGUCUGUUGGGAGCCACCAUAGGUAGAUUGAAACUCAUCUCCAGGGGAAGCCAAACUAAGGUGUAUUGCUACAUGCUGCUGUUUGCUCUGUUUGUUUUUAUUGUCCUGUACUGGGUGAUCAAACUGAGGUGAUCAUAGGACUGAUGAGACUCUUCAGGACCUUUCUUAUGUGCCAUGCUUAUUUGGGAUAGAGGGUCAGAAUCCUCACAGUGAUGAUGAGGACUGAGGUAAUUGAGGAGUGCGAGAGUGCAUUCUUUUUGAACCAUUGAGUGAUUAUGUGCAAUAUGAGACAAAACUCUGUCCUAACCUACCAAAAUUAGUGUCCCAGUGCAGGGAUGAUGCUAAUUGUCUGAUACUGGUCAC